AUGAGAACAAUACGGCUUUGUCCUCGUCGUUGUCGUCGUCCGAGGUGGAUCGGAGCUGGUGGUGGGCUCUGGUGGGCUGCAGCGUUCGGCGGUGUUCUUCGCCGGACCUGCAGGAAUGCACGUGCCACCAGAUUUCCGGCUUGGCACUUUACUGCCCUUAGUUCGACUUUACGUCCUUCGUCAACGAUACCCUCCCCCGUUCAAGGGGGCAUGGCCUAUACUCGCAUCCCAGUUCAGGUCGCCCAGUCCUAUGCAGAGGCCCACGGCCCCGAAUCCCCGCAUCCAGAGGACCUCCAGGCCUUCUACGAUGAUAUGGAGCGCAGAGAGACGCUCGAACACAAAAUGUCAAAGCGAAAGUCGAACUCUAGCACGUCGAUAUGGUCUCGCAAAUCAUUGAAACGUUCACCUACUGCCCCUUCAAUCCACCCACCAGUCGAGUUGCAUACGAAUUCAUCUACUGGAGACUUGCAGGCUGGGGGCUAUCACGGGGACGGUGGUUGGGUGGAAAGAGGCGGCGAACAACAUAAUUCUGGCCCGCAGCUCACCACAUCGCGCUCUGUCAUAGUUGACACGGGAGAGUCGCCGCCUUGGACGGGCAACGACGCGUGGUCGGCGGUCCCAGCUCCCGCGUUCAAGGUUUCCUAUAAGCUUCACAAUCCUCUCGGACCACGAUGGUACAAGAACCACCAUCUUAUUCCGCCCUCUCAAAUAAAACCGUCGAUGCGACCCCCAACGUUCUUCUCGCCGUCCUUUCCUCCCAUUGGCACCUCCUCUUCACCAGAACGCCACGACGAUGACGCCGGACCCAGCGGUACGCCUUCCCAUUCUCCAUCACAUACACCCGCCUCGUCGCAGACGCGUGUCAUGGACGGUGGCAAGCCUAGGUCCCGUAAAACAUCGCAGACAACACCAGAUAAUGUCGAUCUCCUCGAUGUGUCGGACCCCUGGGGUAGCACCUGGCAUCACCAAUCCCCUUAUGAUUGCUUCCAAACACCAGCUGCCUCUGCUGACCGCGAAGUACCCAGACCAAGACGUGCAAGCAUGACGGCAGCUCAAAACCGUCACCAAUCAGUCAUACCUUCCCCGUUAUCUCAAUCGUCCUCUGCUGUCCAUCUACCUGUUUCUCAGCGCGAGAUUCACAUUCCCAGAAAGCUCAGCAAACGCCGGACACCUGCCGUUGAGAGUAUAUUCCCAUCUCAGCCUCCAGAAGUUGACAGGAAAGCGACCUCCGCGCCGCCGACGCCGCUUGAGCGACCUACACCCACCUCCUCUCCAGACACCGAUUCUUCACAGUCGAACGUUUUGCCAAAACGCAUGUCUGUUGCCCCUCCGCAGACCCAAUACAUGAUGUCGCAACCAGUGACAUCGAAGAAAGAGAAGCGAGGAAGCAUGUUGAAUCGACUUGUCAAAAAGUUCAGCAUCUUGAAGAGAUCUUCGGACAAUGAGGCAUCUAGCAGUGCAAUCGACUCCUGGCACUAUUCCCCAGGGCAAGAUCCUUCUGCGUAUACUAAUGUGCUCGACUCUGGUUUGGAUCGCGGAAGGGUAUCUCCAGAAAAGCCUCAUCGCGACUCUGUGAAGCGCGUUCCUCCACCGCCUGUGGAUCAAGUACUCGAACCCCAGCCUGUGGAGUCAGCACCACGAGCAGACCGUACCUCCGUGGCUUCCAUAGAAGUUCCUUACUCUAUGGGUAGACUGACUGUUGCUAACCCUGACCUACCAGAUGACGGCAAGGUUGAUUUAGAGGAAGCACCACCGCCACCGGAGAAAUCGAUAGAGUUGACCGAGCCCGUACCUCCAGAGGGGGAUAAUGAGCGCCCUCCGCCCAAAGAACAGCCCUUGCCAGCGCCGCCUGUUCAGAGUCACCCUCCAGGGGUCCAACCAGUCCUUCCUCCACCACUUUCGGUGACUGAGGCACGUUUACGUGUCGACAAGCCGUUACCUCCGCCUCAACUGGCUACCCCCGAAUUCUCCCAACUGGCAUUGUCGGACUUCCAUCUGGAGACUCCUUGGAACGUCGACAAGUCCUUGCCCCCGCCAACUCCCAAUCCCAAGAGUCCACUCCCUGACCGCACUCUGACACACUCUCCUGUUGAUGAAAAACGACCGUCGCUUGAAAGGCGGGAUUCUUCUCAACCACAGGCGGGUCCUUCCAAACCCAGAGGGUCCACUCCAAGCAACCACACCUCUGAUGUCCCCAGCCGGAUUUUGUCCCCAAUACAGACCUCAACGGUUCUUGAAAAUUCCAAGCGGUCAGCCUCUCAGAAGAAGUCGACUCCUUCUCCCAGCAAGGAAGUGUCGUCGUCGUCGUCUGAUGAUCCCGUUAGAACUCGAUCACCUCCAGUUCAAGCCCGUGGUCACAAUGAAAUUUUGAAGGGGACAAGCUCGCAGCAAAAGCACAAGCGACAGGAUUCUUCAUCUUCGAACGCGGCAACUGUUGGUGUCUCCUCUGCCCCCGAACGUACUCCUACAGUGCGAGCGCCGGCCCCUACUCACACCCGCGAGCGGACGCCCGAGGCUUCAACGUCUACCUCUCGUCAACAUACCGUCAAGGACCGCUCUCAUACUCGAUCCGAAUCAGCACUAACACCGGCGCCUGUUCAAGUUCCAUUCCCUAGUAAUCAGUAUGCAGUCCCUUUUCCAGCUCAAGGUGCCAAUGGUGUACAGUAUCUUGGGCCCUCCUACGAAGAUUCUCCACUUUCGACCUCUUCCAUGAUAGUUAACCCUCCAACACCGUACGACCACCGGUUGUCACUCAAUGGUUCAGUUGACCAGACUCCUCCCACCCUGCCACCGAAGAGCCUAUACGAGGAAAAGCGCGAACAGGAAGUUAGCCCGACCACUACAACACCUACUCGCCAGACGGAGAUGUUCAAGCUAGUAAGGAGCUCUUCUGGAAAUGUCUAUGCUUCGGGGCAGACAAUCUCUGCUGCUGGACAGCAGUGGGAAGUUGUAGAAUCGAUCGAUGUGAAGAAGGACAAGUCCUCUCGUUCCAGAGACCAAGAACGCCGCUCCAAGGAGAGAGAACGGGGACAAGACCGUGAGAGGCGUGAACGGGAGAAUGAAAGAGAGAGGGAACGGCGACGGGAACGGGAAAGAGAAGAAGAGCGGGCAAGACGACGGGAACGGGAAAAACAAGAGGAGCGGGAGAGGAAGCGUGAACUGGAGAAGGAGGAGGAGCGGGAGAGAAGGCGCCAGCGGGAAAGGGAAGAGGAGAGGGAAAGAAGACGGGCACGAGAAAGAGAGGAGGAGCGGGAGAGAAGACAGGCACGAGAGAAAGAAAAGGAACGAGAGAGGGAAAAAGAGAGAGUGAGGGAGAGAGAGAAGGAACGCGAGAAGGAACGCGCAAGAGAGCGACGACGCGAACGCGAACACAGGUCUAUUGAUUAUGACCGCCCUUCCAGGGAUCACGACCUAGAUUACGAACACCGAUCCAGAGGCUACGAGCCCCAGCCUCGAGAUCCAAGCUACCGAUCAACGAAGGAUACUGAACACCAAGCCAAAGAAUACGACCAUAGGGCGAAGGAUUACGAUAGUAGUCGUCGCCGGGACUCAAAGUUUAAAGUCGAUCCUGAACACGUCGAGCAUUCAUCCUAUCGAUCAUCCAAGCAAAUUGUUUACGUCCACGAAGAAUCCCCCAAACGCUCCAGCGGUCAAACCACCACUCGUCAUAACGGAGACCGCUCUCGUACUCAUGACGAUUACAAAAGCAGUCGUCAACGUGAAGAGCAUCUAGAGCGGAGGUCUCCAGAUAUUCCCUCUUCGUCCCGACCACAACCUAUCCCGAUUCAAAUGUCUGUCGCUACACCUGCUCCCGUUCCUGUUAUUCUUGUUCCUACACCCCCAGAGCCCCCCGCCCCACUUCGAAGAAAUCCCUCGAUUACUGUGAGACCUACAUCAGAGCUCCCAUCCGCCGCAGAGAUGGAGGCAAUACGAGCUAAAGAGUCCUGGGACAUGGAGCGCCUCUGGAAGGCGCGCAGUAUGUAUGGAACAGAGCUGAAUGCGCCGAGGACGAACUUCAUCCGUGGCCCUGGAUCCUCGAGUUCUUUGAGCGACGAUGCGCCAACACACAGCGCUAUCUACGGCUCAAGCCACACAGCCUACGUUGUUCAGCCUCCAUUCCAAACUCGAGGUUCGCAAAUAUACCACUCCUUGCCAACGGCUCCUCCCCCUAUCAUAUAUUCCUCACCUGCCUCUAUACCCAGCAUUCCCGAUUCCAUUUCGACUUACGAUUACGAACCAGUUUAUCGGACGUACCCAGCACCCUCCCCAUCCGAUUAUAGAAUCACGGCAUCAAUGCCACGACCACUUAACAAUCCUCUUCCAGAGCCGCCUCGAGAAUCACCCUACGAGCCUGCACCUUUGUCUUCCAUGAGACCGAGCAAGAAACAUUCAAAUGACUAUUGGAAACACCCUUCUGCCACACAUUAG